AUGCUGGGCCCUAAGGUAGCCCGAGUCUUCCUCCGCAAGCGAAGAGGCGAGGCAGGGGAGGGCGACCAGCAGCCCUCCCAGAAGGAGAUCCUCAUCACCAACGAGACCAUCGAGUCUCUCCUCCACCUCCGUCAGGUCGACGCCGCCAACCAGCUCGGCAUCUCCCUCACGGCCCUCAAGAACGCCUGCAAGUACCUUGGCUUCGACGACUGGCCGACGGCGAGGAGCAACCUGAUGGCGGCUCAGCACGGGAGAUCAGGGGAGCUGCCGUCGCUGGUGUCAGGACCUGGGCAGGCAGGAGGGCCCCAUGAUGGGGGCUCGUCGUCUGUAAGGCCGCUUGUAGAGCGGAGGCCAGGGAAUGUUGAAUUGGCGGCGGCAGCGGCAGGGAGGCCAGAGGGAGGGGCGGCUGCGAGGAAUCAGGUGGUGAGGGGGAGUGGGCAGACAGCGCGGACGAUGUCAGAGGGAGACGUGGGAGGAGGGAGAGGGGAGAAGCGGAGGGUGCUUGCGGAGAGUCUCCCGGAGCUGAGGAGCCACGGGCUGGAGGAGCUGAUGCUGGACGCGCUGGAGCACGUGGCGGAUCUGUGA